AAAAUGUGAAUGUGAAUUCAUUUGCAGUGUAGUGACUGUAGUGCGUAUGUAACGGUCUGGUUAAUGUUUUUAAAACACAUUCUUGUGAAAAAUACGUCAAUUAGUUUGCGGUAGGGGCGGUGUGUGUUGACAAAUUUAAAUUUGAGAUUUAUUAGGUAUGUGAAUUUUGAUUGCUAGUGACUUUCAGCCACGUAUAAUGCCACAACUUGAUACUCAGCCAACCUCGAUGUACCUAUAUGACUACAAUUUUUUACUUGGUUCAUUUAACCAAUAAUUGUUGUGUGUGAAGACGAACUGGUAUCGAGGAAAUUUCCUGAAUACCCAUUAAAACUAGUUCUAAUCAGUUCCUAAUGAAGCGACCGUUAGACAGCCCCUGUGUCGCAAUCGCUUGUAUUUUUGAAUGGUUUUCGUACACUUCGAGUACCAUGUUAAAAACGUAACGCAAUUUAGAUGAUUAGAGAUAUAAGAACAGAAUGAGGAAUAAGAUGGAUAUAAAAAAUUCGAAGAUAAAAUAAAAAAUGUUGUUAGAAUAUGUGGAAAAAUUAUAUCAGUGAUACCAAUCACUGGUUUAAAUGGUUGGAGAGAAGCUAUCUCACACAAAUGAUUGUGGAAGGUGGUAAAGAUGUUGAAGCAUAUAACAAAUGGAGGUAUCUCAAGCCGAGGUUCCCGACCAGAUAGUUCCAUGGUUAUGGAACCGAGGGUGGACCAGGGGCCCCAUCGGUAUCGAUCCCCAAACGCCAACAGCUCCAGAAUAUCCCAACAGUAUCCCCUCAACGUUUCACAGCUUCACACUACAAAUUUGGAUAAUUCUAAACACUCCAUAUAUAGCAACACGGUUUUACCACCGGCACCUGGCAAAGCAUUGAAUGGUGGUUUAAAUAUAUCGAGGGUGCGGAAUCAAAGUACUGUAAAUAAGUUUAUAGCAAAGUCUAAAGAGGUGGGUGUGAAGGAAAUGUUAGUGAGUCUUGGGUUGCUGUGUUUAGUAAGCUUGUUGUUAGCUCUGUUGUCAUUAAUAUUCCUUCUUAAGAUAUCACCCGUGACAGCUAAUGAUAUACGUGAACUUCUGAGAUCGGAACAGUUGACUGUGAUAACUGCCGAAGAAUACGUGGUAGUGUAUGAAGUGACACUGGCUUUAUGUGCGUUAACAUUAUCACUGAAUUUAUGCUGCCUCCUAGUGUGUGCUAUCCAGUUCUUGUUCGCCGUUAAAUUAGUUAAGAGUCCACACGGAGGAAACGAUAGGACAAACAAGUAUCUCCAAAAAUCGUCUGUCAGUCGAGUUUGUGCAGUUGGAGGUUUUUUUAUAUCGAUACCAGUAUUUUUAACAGGUAUAAUUCUCUAUACCUUCAUCCAGUUCCAUUCAACCCCUGCCAUAGUAACAAGUGUAUUUAUAGGACUAGGAAUAAUAUUUUGUGGUUGUGCUAUGGUCCAUAACGUGUUCAUCUGGCAAAAGGAGAAAACGAAUGCCGUUAAAGAAUUGGCUUUACAGCAACACGAAUCAAGUCAACACCACAAUUCAUUUCAUAGUAUAACGGCUGCACCUACCACACAGUUAAAUCAUUCCCAUGUCAGUAAUUAUAACCAUAGCUUUGGCCAUCCAAUCACCGCUGUUCACAAUGGACCUUACAUUGUGAGACCAUCGACCACAACCCCACCUACAGGCGAUAAUUUAAAUUUAACCAAACUCUCACACCCUAGAGAAGCAAGUGGAUCUGUAAGCCCGGGAAUGCCUACAGUCACUAUGGAUUUAAGUAGCGUUGCAACUACUAAUUCGCCACACGAGCUGUCAACUCUAGUUUAAUUAAAAAAUAGUGCGAGGUCAUAAAGUCACUGUUUUUAUUACAUUUUGUAACUACACACACGCAAAUGAACAGAUAACAUUUUGCCCCAAAAGUAGGAGUACGACGAAAACUUUUAUUGAUAUGUUGCACGUAAAAGAAUAACUUUUUAGUGUACGUAACUGUAUUAGUGCAUUUAAAUUACCAUAUAGAGUCCUAGUUACCAAAUAAUUGCUCCAAUUAUCAAAAACGUUUUAAGAGAUUCUUCCUGAAAUUUAAUUUAUAUGAAUUAUCAUUGCGGUAUGUGUUUAAGGAUAGUACUAUUUUUUGUACCUUUAUUACACGGUAAAGGUUCUAGUCAAAGUAGGAGCGCCGUUAACAUCUUCACGUUCUCAAAUUGUAAUAAAAUACGUUUAUGACCUAACAGCGAGAAACGAAACUAAUUUUUAAACCAAGUGCAUGCAAUUGUAAUUUUGUUUUUAUCGUCAAUUUUAGUGAAAUUGAAGUUAUUUAUUGUUGUACACUGAAAUAAGUAUUAUACCAGUCAUUUUUCUCGUCACUAUUGAAUAUACUUUUAUCAGAAAAUUAUAUUAUUUGUAAAUAAACUAUAUUUUAUUUAAAACAAAUAUAAUUUAACGUGGCAAGAGGGUGUAUUUAAAAAUCGUGUAUAUAAUGCUUUGUUUCACAAAAAUAUGUCUAUUGUAACAUAAUUUAUAUACAUAUAUUCUUGUGAAAUUACAAAGUGUGGUUAGUACAAAAUGUAUCACUGCCUAUUAAAAGGUGUUGAUAUUUUUUCAAUUGUAAGUGUAAUUUUAAGAUUUUAUAUAUUUUAUACUUGAUUAUUUUAUAUUCCAAUC